UGUCACGGGCCCCAAUGUGAGCCCUACACUUGGGUUAUUGGCAGGCGAGAGACUGUGGAUUUCAUGGCGAAGCGACAUGACUCGCAACAGAGUGAGGAUAUCUGGAGAGCGGGAGACUCAGAUUAGAACUUGGAACUUCGCUCUCCCAAGAAUCAGUCAGUUGGUCAAGUGAUGCACGCACAAUACAGUCGUCUUGCCUGCUUCUCGUUGUAGAUUCGGUGCAUCUUCCUUAGUGAGCCUGUGUGUGU